UUGCACCUGUUUUGUUUACGCACUCCGAUUCCUACCCCUCUCCCGUGAGUCAUCUGGCUGGCGCAGCGCUGGCUUGUCGGCUGCACAGUCGCAGUCAAUAUUGAGUUUCAUCAGUCGUGCGCGCAAGAUGUCUGCUUCCAAACGUAAAUGAGUUGUUUUAACAAUUGAACAAAAACUACAGGUGUUAUAUAAACUGGAAGCUGGUACUUCGGUUAGUCAGCUUUCAAAGAUGUAUGGUAUUGGGGAAUCUACAAUACGGGAUUUGCGAAGUAACAAAGCUAACAUAAUUGCCUAUGCAAGUGCUUCAGACUCUAUGAGCACGAUGAAGAGGAAAACUAUGAAAACUGCAAUGUACGAAGAACUCGAUAAAGCUAUGUUUGAAUGGUUUAGUCAGAAAAGAGCCGAAGGUACUCAAGUGUCCGGUGUAAUUUGUGCAGAACAAGCAAAGAAGUUUUUUGAAGAUCUUGGGAUGGAGGGAGAAUUCAAUGCUUGCUUGGGUUGGUUAACCAGGUUUAAACAGCGCCACGGCAUACGAGAAAUUGCGAUUCAGGGUGAGAAGUUAAGUGCUGAUAAAUCAGCAGCAAGAGAUUUUUGUAAAGAAUUUAAAGAAUUUAUUGAAACGGAAAAUUUACAGCCUGAAAAAAUCUAUAAUGCAGACGAGACUGGUUUGUAUUGGAAAUGCCUUCCUUCCAGGACACUAGCUUUUGAAGCAGAGCGUAGUGCACUGGGCCACAAGUCCAGCAAAGAAUGUCUGACGGCCAUGUGUUGUGCAAAUACUACCGGCGCUCCCAAAGUAAAACUCUGUGUAAUAGGCGAGGCAAAAAAACCACGCUCUUUCAAAGGGACUGAGAAAACAAAUUUGCCUGUCUCAUAUUUUAAUCAAAAGGGAGCAUGGAUGGAUUGACAAAUUUUUAAAACUUGGUUUGAUCACAGUUUUGUGCCACAAGUGCGGGAGCACUUACAAUCAAAAGGCCUACCACUCAAAGCUGUGUUGCUACUAGACAAUGCGCCAUCACAUCCUAGUGCAGAAGUUUUGAAAUCAGACGAUGUGCAAAUAUUCGUUAAAUUUAUGCCACCUAAUGUGAUGUCUCUCAUUCAACCCAUGGAUCAAGGGGUUAUUGCAACAAUGAAGAAACUGUACAGGAGCAGUCUUCUUAGGCGACACGUCAACGUGGGUGCUGAUCUCAAGACAUCCUGGAAGAAGUUAACUGUACUGGAUGCUAUUUAUGAAAUUUCAAAAGCAUGGAAUUUAAUCAACCAAGCGGCUUCUUUACAUCGCAUGGAAGGGUGCAAGAAUGUUGACAGUGAUUGCAUCACUGAAUGGUUUGAAGUGGACUGUACUCUGCCAUGCUACGAGAUAUUGAGCGACACAGAGAUAGUGCGACGCGCCCAAGGUCACACGGGAGAGAUGACUGUUCCUGACGAUAGUGAUUGUGACCUGAUUCCACAGAAGCGUAUUACACACUCAGCAGCUCUGGAAUGGGCUGAUAAUUUGCUGGAUUAUUUAGAGCAGGAAGAUGAUACACUAUUGUCAGACAAACUUACCUUGAGAAAAAUUCAUAGCGUGAUUAGAAGAAAAGAAAGCACAUUGCAAAAACAAAAGUCUAUUACAGAUUUUUUUCAGUCAAAUUAGCCUGUAUUGUUUAGCGUACAUAACAGCUGUACAGUAGAAUGUACCCCUACUACACCUAUGUACAUGCAUUUAUGUUUACAUAUUUGUCAAUUGUAUUUGUGUAGGCCUAAAGAAUU